AUGAGAAGCCAGGUGGGGCUUCUUAGUAUCCGACAUGUGAGGGGCCUCUGUGGGCUGCCUUGCGGUUCCUGUCCCCCUCUUAUGACAGGACAGUAUUUGUGUCUACAACAGCGGUGGCUGCAACAAGGCCACUGUAACCUGCGUCUGCUCUGGCCAGGAUGCCAGAACCCUUUCUCCAGGUUGAACAACUGGCUACUGGCCACUGCAGGCAUUUUUUUUUUUAAACCUGGACAUGCAUUAAAGGGUCUGUUAGCUUUUUCUGUCUUCACGGCUGAGAUGGGGCCGCUAAAGAAUGCUUUCUGA